GGAGGAUAGAAAGAAACAUGAAUCGCUCUUGGCUGUGGAGGUUUUUCACACUAUUGCAAGUUUCUGCUUUAUGUUUGGUUCCCGCUUCAGGUCAACUGAAGAAAAUUGACAAGAUUUCCGAUGCUGUAAAAGGAUACACUCCCUGCAAUCCCGUCAACUGUAGCUGCCACGUAAGUGACCUACAUGAUGACCUGCGGCCGUUCAAAGGGAGAAUCUCUGAAGAUCUCAUGGCUGCGACUGUUCAAAGAGGGGUGGGCACCCACUACCAGAUCAUCGGUCACAAGUUGUACAGAGAACACAACUGUAUGUUUCCUGCCAGGUGAGGAGAAAAAGUCUGUCAUUGGGUGGAGCAUUUCAUCCUGGAGGUGAUUGACAGGCUGCCUGACUUGGAGAUGGUGGUAAAUGUCAGGGAUUACCCACAAGUCCCCAGCUGGGUGCAGCCGACCCUGCCCGUCUUGUCUUUCAGUAAGACAGCAGACUACCAGGACAUCAUGUACCCUGCGUGGACGUUUUGGGAGGGAGGGCCUGCCGUGUAGCCCAUAUACCCCACCGGACUGGGACGAUGGGAUCUGAUGAGGGAUCCUUAAAAAGUAACGUCUGCAGCACAGUGGCCAUGGAAGAAGAAAGAGUUCAAAGGAUUCUUCAGGGGCUCCAGAACCAGUCCAGAGCGAGACCCUCUGAUUCUUCUGUCCAGAGAAGCUCCAGACCUGGUGGAUGCAGAGUACACUAAAAACCAGGCCUGGAAGUCCGAGAGGGACACACUAGGGAGACCCCCGGCCAUAGAAAUCCCUCUGGUCGAUCACUGCAAAUACAAAUAUUUAUUCAACUUCCGAGGUGUGGCGGCCAGCUUCCGCCUCAAACAUCUCUUCCUCUGUGGUUCGCUGGUGUUUCAUGUGGGGGAUGAAUGGCAGGAGUUUUUCUACCCGCAGCUGCGGCCCUGGGUCCACUACAUCCCAGUCAAGCAGGAUCUCUCUGACGUCAGGGAAUUACUACAGUUUGUCAAGGAGAAUGACGACAUCGCACAGGAGAUCGCCACGAGGGGAAAGGACUUCAUCCUCAACCACCUGCGGAUGGAAGACGUUUCCUGCUACUGGGAGCGACUCCUCACCGAGUUCAGCCGUCUUCUCACUUACAGACCCAAAAGAAACAACAGCUACAACCAGGUCGUCCACGGACCGGGCAGGACGGAGCUGUGAGAGUGAGACUCCGCAGGACCAGGGCAGCUGUAGUGAAGGCAAGCUCUACAUUAUCAGUGUAAUCACUGACUGCACCGCAACGUGCGAUUUCUAUACAAGCAACAUUACAUGUCGAUAAGUCUAUUUUUGUCAAAAAAAAGAACAUGAAGUGUAGCUGAAGUGUAAAGCUUUGUCCGGAUACUUCUUCCAUUAUUUCUAAUGAAUUCAGUCUUUUAGUCUAAUGUGGACCAUGUGUUACUGUUACUAUGUAUUCCACGGUCUACAGGCUGUGGUUCCUAACUGGUGCAGCCACUGGGUCUGGGAUUUAUAUAUAUAUAUAUAUAUUACUGUUCUCAAAAAAAAGGGAAAGUGUCUUUCUUUUUGCAGUAGGAAAUCACUGAAAAAAUAAAGGCACUGUGCUGCAAAUUAAAGUGUUUCUUUUGACAUGGUCGCGGGUCUCUUGCGGUCCAUUCAGUACAGACCUGCAAACCCACCAGUUGGGAACCACUGCUCUCUUGUGGGUGCUGCUGUACCUUCACACGUCACUCUGUGUCUUACAUGCCAGCUCUGAAUCACUGAUCGCUUUCUGCUUCACUCAGUUGAUUUGCCACUAAAAGAAAACGCCUCUUUCGACA